CACAGCUAUGUGAUCAACUUUUUUAUUUUAUACUUUUUUGUUUUUAAUGGGAAAACUUUAGUGGCACCUUAAUCCUAAUCCUCCUAAAUCAUUGAGACCACCUUACCAGCUCAUGUGAUACAGUCUGUCAAACAUCUAUGUUUCUGCUUUUUUCUGUGGAAAACUAGUUGUUCUUCUUCCUAAAGUUCAACUGGUUUUCCUUCUUUUCCAGGAGUUCUUGCCAACCAAAUUAUUCCUCUCACCACAUACUUUCUUUAUUUCUUUCUCUACCUCAACUUCUCCAAACACUUCCAAGGUGAUCAUGGCUACUCAGACUGCUGCAUCUGAUCAUGCUUCUGCUACUGAUCAGCAAUACGUGAAGAAGGAAAAAGACGAAGGCAUUGCACAAAUGAUCGCUUCUUUAGCCAAUGAAGAUGAAGUCAAGCAUGACAAGCCUGACGGAGACGACAAAUCUGAGGACACCUCUUCAAAUAAGACAGAAGAUAAGGUGACGGCAGAGCUUGCUGCAGUUGAGGAAGAACAAUCUGCUGAAGAUACUCUGGACCAUCACAAGGUUGAGGAUGCACAAAGUUCAACACCAACUCCAACAGAAGAAGUUGAUCACAAGGUUGAGCCUGCUAUUGCAGUACAAAACACUGAAUAUUCACUGCCACCAGAAGCAACAAUUGCAGACGAAGAUAAACUAAAGGAGGAGAAGGAAGUGGUUCCGGCCUCGCACACUAUCAGUGAUAUUGAACCAGUUCAUGAUGCAGCCAAUUCCCAGCCAGAUGUGGCAACAUCCACAGAACUCAGUGUGGAAGAAACACCACCACAGAAACUAGAAAAUGAAGCUGUGGAAACAGAUAAGGAGAAACAAUCGCAACCCAAGACAGAAGACAUUCCAGAAGCAUCAACUGAAACUAUUGACAAAACAAGCAACACAGAUGAGACUGAUCCUCCGACAGAAUCAGAAGGAGAGGUGGUGAAAGAGGCUCAAGUUUUGGAAACAGGGGCCGGAGUGGAAGACAAGCUUGAGCCUGUUGCUACACAAGUGGAAGAAAAA